UAUAGGCAAAUGCUAAGGGCGCCGUCCAUCAGGGGGCGCCAUGCCAGUGCCACAAAUGUUGAAAAAAAAAAAAAAAAAGUUGGUACUAUUAUUUCUAAAUACAAAAAAUAAUCCCACGUUAAUUAAAAUGCAAAGUAAAGCUUAUUUAAUAGAAAUAUUAUUUGUUACAACAUUACGCCCCCCGCCCCCCGCACGGUGCGCCCCCUCCCUUCCCGUAUCAUGGUUCCUUUUGGACGUCACCACAUCAAAAAAUCAACACAAGAUGUCAAAACGGCCAAAACUGUCAGGUGCCCAGGGAAGAAAAAAGAGAAAAGAAGAGGAGGAGAAACGAGAAAAAGACAGAGAUGCACUGUUGAAGUUUCUAAAUCCCACCCCUGGGCCAUCUACCACAUCUACCGCUGCUGCCUCCACUUCAGCAGCACAACCCACCAGUGAUGCAGCAUCAGCAGCACAACCCAGCCAUGAUGCAGCAGCAUCAAGCGGUCUUCCUGUUGCCUCCACCUCAGCAGCACAACCCACCAGUUUUGCAGCAGCAUCAAGCGGUGUUCCUGUUGCCUCCACCUCAGCAGCACAACCCAGCAGUGAUGCAGCAGCAUCAAGCGGUCUUCCUGCUGCACCAAUAGACCCUGCUGACUGGCCUUCUGCUUUAACUGAAAAGGUACGAACAGAGUUAGUUCACAGAGGUCCAUUUGUAAUUGAUAGUGACUUCACAUUCCCGAAACAGAAAGACGGGCGAAGGUGUCAGCAUGAUUAUUUUAACAGACUCUUAAUCAAUGGGGAAAAGGUGAGAAGAACCUGGCUUAUGUAUUCGAAAAAAGAGGAUAGCUUGCACUGCUUCUGCUGUAAAAUGUUUUCCAAGAGAGAUUACAAACUGAGUAGGGAAGGUCUGAAGGACUGGAAAAAUGCAAGCCACUUGCUCAAGGUCCAUGAGGAUAGCCAGGAGCAUAAUGCUCACAUGGCAACAUGGAAGGACUUGGAGGUCCGUUUUGCGAAAGGACUCACAAUAGAUAAACAAGAGAUGGCACUUGCUGAGGCUGAGAGAAAAAGGUGGCGUGAAGUUCUACAUCGUUUGGUGGCAAUAAUUCAGUCCUUAGCUGAAAGAAACAUGGCUUUCAGGGAGUCCACAGACACAUUAAAUAAACCAGACAAUGGCAAUUUUCUGAAAGAAGUGGAGCUUAUGGCCAAAUUUGAUCCAGUGAUGAAGCAGCAUGUCAGUAGAGUAGAAAGUGGAGCUGGCAGUCACAUACAUUAUCUGGGAAAAACAAUCCAAAAUGAACUGAUUGACACCAUCAGUUCAAGAAUAAUAAAACGCAUUGUGGAAGAUAUCAAAACAUCAAAGUAUUUCUCCAUCAUUUUAGAUUGCACACCUGAUCUGAGUCAUAAGGAACAGCUCUCUGUCAUAGUCAGGAUAGUGUCACAAGAAGACAUACCACAAGUUAAAGAGCAUUUCCUGGGCUUUCUUGUUGCAGAGGAAUCAACAGGAGAUCAUUUGUCAACUCUCAUCCUAAAACGGAUAGAGGAGCUUAACAUUCCUUUUGAAGACUGCAGAGGACAGUCCUAUGACAAUGGGGCCAACAUGAAGGGAAAAAAUAAAGGUGUUCAGGCAAGGUUGCUUCAGCUAAACUCAAGAGCUUUUUUGGUCCCAUGUGGUGCCCACACUUUAAAUCUGGUAGUAGCUGAUGCUGCAAAAAGCUCACCAGAUGCCCUUGGCUACUUUGGGCAUUUAGCAAAAUUAUUCAAGCUCUUCUCAGCCUCCACCCAUAGGUGGGGUGUUCUCCUGAAACAUGUGAAAACCACCUUGAAAUCAUGGGCUGAGACCAGAUGGGAAAGCAGGAUAAAAAGCAUUGAGGCAGUCAGAUAUCAGGCUCGGCAAGUCAGAGAGGCUCUUCUGGAGGUGAGGGAAACAGCUAAAGACCCUGUGGUCAGAGUUGAAGCCCAGUCUUUGGCUGAGGAGAUUGGAUCCUAUCGUUUUUGCAUUUGUACAGCCAUCUGGUAUGACAUUCUCAGCAAGAUCCAGUAUGUGAGUAAACUCAUGCAGUCGCCCUCCAUGCAGCUAGAUGUGGCUGUCGACUUGCUGAAGAAAACCAAAGAUUCCCUCACCAGCUACAGAAACACUGGAUUUUCUGAUGCACAGACAACGGCAAAGGAGAUGUGUGAAGAAAUGAAUGUGGAGGCUGAACUCAAACAAAAGCGAUUGAGAACCACCAAAAGGCACUUCGGUUAUGAGUCUCCAGAUGAGCCCAUACAAGAUGCACUUAAAAAAAUGGAAACCACAUUUUUUAAUGUGGUAGUGGAUACAGCCAUCUCUUCACUUGAUGAGAGAUUUCAGAACCUUGGAGAGGUGAAUGACAAGUUUGGAGUACUCCUCAAUUUCCACAACUUACAAAAAGAAGAGCUGCUACAGCAGUGCCAAACACUGAGUACUACUCUGACACAUGACAGCCAGCUGGACAUUAAUGGCACAGAACUUGCAAUGGAAAUGCAGAAUUUCCCACCAUUGCCAUCAAAGAACAUGACAAACAUGGAACUCUUGACCUUCCUGCAUGAGAAGAAGGUGGCAGAAAUUUACCCCAACAUGUGGGUUGCUCUGAGAAUCUUUGCCACUCUUCCUGUUACAGUGGCUGCUGCUGAAAGAAGCUUCUCUAAGCUCAAACUCAUUAAAACCUACCUGAGAUCUACUAUGAUGCAAGAACGUCUCAGUGGACUUUCCAUCAUAAGCAUAAAUCAUGUGGUCUCAAAUCAGUUGUCAUAUGAUGAUGUUGUAGAUGACUUUGCUGCAAGAAAGACUAGGAGAGUAAGGCUGUAGCAGGUGAUGUGAGGUUGAUGAGGGGGUGGUGUACAGUAAUUUGUAAGUCAUUCUAGUUAAUGCGGUAUUAAAAAGCACAACUAGAGAACUCUUUAGGAUCCCCUUUUUUGUAAUAUAGUUGUUAAAGUCAUACUGGUUUAUUUAAUAUCUUGUUUUGUGCAGUGCCUUAUUUAUAUUGUAUUUUUAAUUUAUUUUAUCCAACUUGUUGACACGUUUUAUUGUGUUUAUGUAUGUAAAAUUUAUUGUAUUUCAUAUAUUCAUUUUUUAUUUUUUGUAUUCAUUUAUUUAUUCAUAUAUUUUUUUAUCUUGUUAAUUAUUCUGAUUGUGAAUUUGCUUUCUUUAAGUAAAAAAAAAAGGUCAAAGACAAA